AUGAACUAUGGAAAACUUCAGAUGAACGGAAAACAAGCUCUUUGGGAGCAUUUCAUAAAGAUCCAGGAAUUAAACAAAAAAAUGCUUUAUCUCAGUAAAAUAACUGAAACUCAUGUGCAACCAAAAUACAGAGCUAAAAUGAAAGUAAAAUAUGCUUCUCAAUUACUUAGUAACAUAGUAGCUGCUAUAUUAAAAUUAGUGGCCCUUAGUGAAAGAGAUCCAACCGAGUCCAAUGCCAUAAUGCAGACUGGGGAGAUUGUACAUGAGCUGGGCCGGCUGUUUGAUAAAACUAAUGGUCCAUCCGGACCAUUGGACAUUAAAAAGGGGUUAAGAGAAAAUGUUUCAGCUAAGACAGAUCACAUAAAAGAGUGGGCUCAAUUUAGAAAGACAUUGCAAAGUCUCAGAUUUGAAAAACGAUCUGAGAAUUGGAGUGCCGAGGAAAAAGAUAUACUACGCGAGAUGAUUGCACAAUCACGCCAGAUAAUUGAGGACAAAUCCACGAGAGCUUCUUCGAAUAUUAAAAAGGCUCAAGAGUGGAAGAACAUAGCAAACAAAAUUAAUGAACUCAUGGGAAAAAAUAGUUCUGAUGGUGAAGUUAAAUUGGCAUGGAAGAGGAUGAAGCUUGCGGCUAAAGCUAACUUGUCCGCUCAUAGGCAACACCAAAUGAAGACAGGGGGUGGUGAAAAGCCCAAGUCGCCUUCUCAAGGAGAUAUGGCGAUUAUGGAUAUUGCUCCACACGAUUUUAUUGUGGAAUACAAUGACUAUGACAGUGAUGCAAUAAAAACUGAUGUUCAAUUAAACACCCAAGAUAGUGAAAUUACAGCUGGGCCUAGUACAAGCUUUUCUCCUAUAGUAGAACCACCUCUUAUAACCACAGAACCACCUCCUGAAUUCAAUGAUGAGGUAAUAGAGGUUAUAAUGGACCAAGGUACCUCAAUGGUAAAUGUUGGAAUUAGUACCCCUAGAAAAAAAGACAAUAUUCGUAGGAAGCAGUCGGGUAAAAAGGGUCCUCAAAGCAUAAAAAAAGCAUUACAAGAGACAAUAUUGAAGUCCAAUUGUCAAUUUAAAAAAAAACAAUUAGAUAUGCUAGAAGUGGAGCACCAGUACAAUGUAAGAAUUGCUGAAUUAAAAUUAAAAAAACUGGAACUUGAAAUAAAACUAUUAGAAAAAAAAGGAAAAACUCUAGUACUACUUAUGGUUGAAAGAAAUGUUAUAAUAAUUAGAAUUAUG